CGUACCCUCUCUGGGCAGUCGCUCAUCGUGGGCUCAGGCUUCGCGUCGAUGAAGUCGCUCACGUUGCGCAUCGAAGGCGAAGACGACGUUGAGGCCGCGCAAGGUACGCCGGCGGGGCGGGCGGUUGCAGGCGUGCUAGAGGACGGGCGGAGCCCCGGCGGGAGCGUCUACCUGCACCCAUCGAGGUUCUUACCUGGUGCGGUGGGGAGGAGGCAAAGCUGUCCCACAACUUCACACAAUCGAAGGGCAGGAAUAUGCUUUCGGCAGCCGUGCAAACGAGAGACUCGCCCUCCCGCUAAAAACAGACAGACCUUUGCAUUUUCUUUCAACGCGUAUUACGUCCCGCCCUCUGAGCAU